AACCAAAGCUCUGAAACACUCUCUCUCCAAGCCACAAACUCACUUCUUACUCUCUCUGUCUCUGAAACUCACUCUCUCUCUCUCUCUCUCUCUCGCUCUCUAUGAUCACCUUCAGGGCUUCAAGCCAGACCUCUGUGCCAUUCUCUCAAAGCUUCACCAUUUCCAAGCCCCACACCAAAUGUGUUGUUUAUUUUCAACCCUUCCUCCCUUCUCUGCGCCACAAAUACUUUGUCUUCUCCUGCUCUAGAGACGCCCAUUUCGUGAAUGGCUUCAACCAUGCCACUGGUUUCAGACACAGACCGCAAGAAGAAGGCGGCGAGAGAACGGUUAACUGUGAAGUGGAGGUGAUUUCAUGGCGCGAACGCCGAGUCAAGGCCCAAGUGUUGGUUAAUUCCGACAUUGAAUUGGUGUGGAACGCUCUCACCGACUACGAGCGGCUCGCGGAUUUCAUCCCCAAUCUUGUUAGCAGCGGGAGAAUUCCUUGCCCACAUCCUGGGCGAAUAUGGUUAGAGCAGAGAGGUUUGCAACGAGCAUUAUAUUGGCAUAUAGAAGCUCGUGUUGUCUUGGAUCUUCAAGAACUUCAGAGAUCAGCUAAUGACCGUGAACUUCACUUUUCCAUGGUUGAUGGAGAUUUCAAAAAGUUUGAAGGCAAGUGGUCCUUGAAAUCCGGGAAAAGGUCUUCAACUACAACUUUGUCAUAUGAAGUUAGCGUAAUACCAAGGUUCAAUUUCCCUGCCAUAUUCUUGGAGAGGAUUAUUAGAUCAGAUCUUCCUGUGAAUCUUCAAGCCUUGGCUUGUAGAGCAGAGAAAAGUUUUGAAGGGAAUCAAAAUACAGCAAUUACAGGACAUCCCUUGGGUACAACAUCAACUGCUUUCCCUGGCAAAGACUUUGACGAUUCUAUAACUGAGAAGAAUCAAAUUUCUCCUGGAAAGUUGAAGGAGAGUUAUACCAGCUCAACUUUUGGUCGCUUGUUUCCAUAUUCUAGUGAUUUGAACAGAAGUUGGGGAGUAGUCAGGAAAUUUUGCAAACUUGAGAGGCCGUGUGUGGUGGAUGAAGUUCAUCUUCGUAGAUUUGAUGGCCUAUUGGAAAAUGGAGGUGUACAUCGUUCUGUCAUUGCCAGCAUAACAGUUAAAGCUCCAGUUCGUGAAGUAUGGAAUAUCUUGACAGCUUACGAAAGUCUUCCUGAGAUAGUUCCAAAUUUAGCUAUCAGUAAAGUCUUAUCACGUGACAACAACAAAGUUCGUAUUUUGCAGGAAGGAUGCAAGGGUUUACUGUAUAUGGUACUCCAUGCCCGUGUUGUCUUAGAUUUGUGUGAACAACUUGAACAGGAGAUCAGUUUCGAGCAGGUUGAGGGGGACUUUGACUCAUUUCAGGGAAAAUGGCUUCUUGAGCAACUUGGAAAUCAUCACACGCUGUUGAAAUAUUCUGUGGAGUCAAAGAUGCACCAGAAUUCCAUCCUUUCUGAGGCUAUUAUGGAAGAGGUUAUCUACAAAGAUCUCCCGUCAAACUUGUGUGCCAUUCGAGAUUAUAUUGAAAAUAGAGAAGUGCAAACCUCUGAAGAGACAUCCACCCAUGUUUUAUGUACUGAAGAAGGAAUCGCUUCAUCUAGCGACAGCAUACAUACUGAUCGUAACAUGCGGAUUGGGCAAGGUGCUGAUUUCAAUGGGCCACAACCUUCCAGACAAAGACCAAGGGUUCCAGGCUUGCAGAGAGAUAUUGAAGUUCUUAAAGCUGAACUUCAGGCCUUUAUAUCUGAGUACGGCCAGGAAGGAUUUAUGCCUAUGAGAAAGCAACUCCGCAAGCAUGGAAGGGUGGAUAUCGAGAAGGCAAUCACACGCAUGGGGGGAUUUAGAAGGAUUGCGUCAUUGAUGGAUCUUUCACUUGCUUAUAAGCACCGAAAACCAAAGGGUUAUUGGGAUAACCUUGAGAAUUUGCAAGAAGAGAUAAGUCAGUUCCAGAAGAACUGGGGAAUGGACCCGUCAUACAUGCCCAGUAGAAAGUCCUUCGAGCGUGCAGGUCGCUAUGACAUUGCUCGUGCACUGGAAAAAUGGGGCGGCCUGCAUGAAGUAUCUCGUCUUCUAUCACUCAAGAUGAGACACCCAAACAGACAGGGAAACCUUUUGAGAGAUAAGAAAACGGAGUCUAUACCAGCUACUACUGAUGUCAAUGGAGAAGGGAAGAUGGCGUCUAAACCUUAUGUUUCUCAAGAUACACAAAAAUGGCUGACAAAACUUAAGGACUUGGACCUUAACUGGGUUGAAUGAAUAUAAUUCUUUCUUUCUUUCUCACGGUCUUGAAGCUUCGAUAAAGGGUGGUUUGAGUGUGCUUGGGCCAGUUGACGAUGGACCCUGAUAACCUUCAAAACCAAGUGAAGCUGAAGCUAUUUGCAGAGGUCAGUCAGGUGAGCUUACAUUUUAUAAGGCCCUUGUAACCCAACGAGGACAAUAUAUCAAACAGUUGUAAGGCCCUCAUCACUCAAGGUUUAGAAGGAAGCCCAGUGAGGUGGAAGUGGAUGCAAUAACACAAAUAGAACAAAGUGUUUGCACAAACAACAUAUCAAACCUUUAUGCUCACCAUGUAAAGUUAGUUAUAUGUAUUUUAACUUAUCAACUAUUUCAAUC